UGCAUCAGUGGGUCAGUAGAUAUUGGGGACGACGAGGACGGGGACAUCAUAGGAGACACACGAUUCACACCAAUGUAUGCCUACGUUCACAACUAUAGUCCAGCGCUGCCUCCACCCGCAUAUUCCGAGAUCGAUCCCCACCCCAACCAACCGGACUGAAUGAGUUCAUUCAUACAAAUGGCAUUUAUUUGGAAAUUAAUAAAUUGCACAAACAUUUGAUUGUUUUGGGAAUUUAUUUGUCACACGACUUUCGGUCAAACAUCAGAUCGAUUCACUGGAG